CAAUUAUUUUUUCAAAGGUCUCUAGUGGAAAUGCUCUGACAGUUUCCUUCAAAUAAAUCGAGACGUUAAUCAGUAUCGUCACAUUCAUGAACACCUUCGAUUAGCCCGAACUUUAUAUUAAACCCUUUAAUGUAUGAGGUGGGAGUUUCGUUGGUCGUGAUUAAUGUUAUAAUGUUAAUGUGGAGUUUUUGUGCUGGUUGAUGUUGUCAUCCAGUUGAUCUAACGUUAUUCGCACUAAAGAAGACUGAAGAUGGAGGAUGACGACUUUUUACUCGCUCUUCGUUUGCAAGAGCAGUUUGAUCAGGAGACAUCGGCUGCUGGAUGGAGUGAUGAAGACUGUCCGUCCAGUAAAAAGCGUAAGAUCGACUCCUCUGGUGUGAUGCCCUUCUCUCAGCCCGGACCCAGACCUGAGAGACCGCUGUCCAUCGUGGACGAGUCGUGGGAGACGCUGGACCCCAGUCCGGACGUGAGAGCCAUGUUCCUGCAGUUUAACGACAGGUUCUUCUGGGGGAAACUCAGCGGGGUGGAAGUGAAGUGGAGCCCGAGGAUGACACUGUGUGCUGGUGUCUGCUCUUAUGAGGGAAGAGGAGGCUUGUGUUCUAUUCGACUCAGUGAACCUCUCCUGAAGCUCAGACCCCGCAAAGAUCUCGUACAGACUCUUCUUCAUGAGAUGAUCCACGCUCUUCUCUUUGUGACUCAAAACAACAGAGAUCGAGAUGGCCACGGACCAGAGUUCUGCAAACACAUGGACAGAAUCAACCAAGCAAGCGGCACCAAAAUCACUAUAUAUCACUCGUUUCACGAUGAGGUUGAUGUGUACCGGCAGCACUGGUGGCGCUGUAACGGACCCUGUCAGAAUCGCAAACCGUUCUUUGGCUACGUGAAGCGUGCGAUGAACAGACCUCCCUCGGCCAGAGAUCUCUGGUGGACUGAGCACCAAAGGACCUGCGGUGGAACAUACACCAAAAUCAAAGAGCCAGAGACUUAUGGGAAAACAGGCAAAGGCGACAAAAAGAAAGACAAAAAUCCUUCCAAUGAGAUUUCCAAGAGUUCAAAGCCUCCCAGCAGCACAACAGGCACUGGCUUACAAGACAUCAGAAAUGUCAUUCCAUUCAGUGGGAGAGGGUUUAUUCUUGGAGGGAACACGCAGACUUCCACAAACAAGCCGAGUCAGAGUCCUCCUAAAGCGCAACCUGAACCUCUGGUCUCUCCCCCUGACUCUCCGCUCCUUCCAAGACUAUGGCCCAUUGAGACAAACUUGCCCAAAAGAGUCAGCAAAGGUGCAUCGAAUGUUCCCCGCAGAAAGUCUGUUAGCAACACUAAUGCCUUUAUCAACGUCAACGGAUCACCUGUGAGGAUUUCCAAAGGCAAAGACUUAAGAGGCAAGCAGAGGUCAGUGCAAGAUCUCUUCCAGGCCAUAGUCCUCAAAUCUCCGGAGAGAGCAGCCAGUGCUGCCGGUUCCUCCAAGCCUGCCACAGAUGCCACGACAGCAAACCCUGACAAAUGUAAUGGAGCAUCUUCAUCUAGUGCCUUAGACACAAAACCUUUUGGGAAAACAAGCCUGAUCAAUAACCAUCAUUCAUCCACCACCACAGGGCCAAAGCUUGACUCUAUAGAGUCGUAUCUCUCCAAAUAUUUUGGAAGCACUGCUAAAACGGAAAUCCCAGAUUCAAAGUCGAAAGCUUUCGGAAGCCCUCAAAAGUCUGCAACUAGCACACCAGGUUACGUUUCUAAGCUCUUCGAAAGUAACCAAAAGUCUGCAACUAGCACACCAGGUUACGUUUCUAAGCUCUUCGAAAGUAACCAAAAGUCUGCAACUAGCACACCAGGUUACGUUUCUAAGCUCUUCGAAAGUAACCAAAAGUCUGCAACUAGCACACCAGGUUACGUUUCUAAGCUCUUCGAAAGUAACCAAAAGUCUGCAACUAGCACACCAGGUUACGUUUCUAAGCUCUUCGAAAGUAACCAAAAGUCUGCAAUUAGCACACCAGGUUACGUUUCUAAGCUCUUCGAAAGUAACCAAAAGUCUGCAACUAGCACACCAGGUUACGUUUCUAAGCUCUUCGAAAGUAACCAAAAGUCUGCAACUAGCACACCAGGUUACGUUUCUAAGCUCUUCGAAAGUAACCAAAAGUCUGCAACUAGCACACCAGGUUACGUUUCUAAGCUCUUCGAAAGUAACCAAAAGUCUGCAACUAGCACACCAGGUUACGUUUCUAAGCUCUUCGAAAGUAACCAAAAGUCUGCAACUAGCACACCAGGUUACGUUUCUAAGCUCUUCGAAAGUAACCAAAAGUCUGCAACUAGCACACCAGGUUACGUUUCUAAGCUCUUCGAAAGUAACCAAAAGUCUGCAACUAGCACACCAGGUUACGUUUCUAAGCUCUUCGAAAGUAACCAAAAACUAGGGUCAGAUGCUGCAAGCUCAGGAUUCCGAAACACUGGAUCUCCCCAAAGUUCACACACUUCAACUACUUCAGGGUCCGGUUCCAAGCACUCCGGAAAGCCUGAAUCCAACUUCCCGAGCCCUAGAAACAUUGGCAGCCCCCGGACAUCAGGGACUACGCCUUCAGGAGCCAAGAAAAGAUCACGGGAAGAGCAUAUCUCCGAACAUGUCUUUGAUUUCUUCCAGCGGACAGUCGGUGAGUCCGCCACGUCCGCAGUGCAGCAGAGAGAGGAGGUCGGAGACGCCGUUCCAAACAAUCCUCCAGUCCACAUCACUGUCCACUGCCCUGUGUGCCACAUCAAAGUACCCGAGUCUGCAAUCAAUGAACAUUUAGAUUCCUGUCUGUUGUAAUCUCUGAAAACAUCAAGUACAGGCCAUAGGGCUUUACUAAAGCUAGGAGAGGUGUUUUCUAUGGGAUUCCUGUGCUCAAAACUUAGGUAUAGCUGUAAAUGGAAAGAUUACAUAUUUAAUAUUAUAGUGGUGAGAAAUAUUACUUCCAAUGCGAUAACUUUGUAAGUCACAGCUCUUAAAAUACAUUUAGAAGUCGUUGGUAGCACAAUAGCCCACAAAAAAGUACCACAUUUCCUUUUGUAUUUCUCCAAUUACUGACUUAUUCUACCUCAAUUUUGUAAAAAAAAAGAUUCUUUGCAUCAUGAGAAGAAUGUUUGGUGUGGUCAGCAGCACCGAUUGACAGCUUAGUUGAAACCGAGUGAGUUUGUUUGAAGAGACGUCACUGUCCUUGUGUGGGUUGAUGUCCGCGGUUCAUGUCGAUUCAGCAGUACUGGAUUUCGCUCGUGUUGGCUGUCCGCUGUGGGAUUUAGAUGCGCUUAGCUUUUCUGCCGGAUCAGGCUUUGCAAGGUCGUUUUCAUCUCGGUGUCAUCAAUAACAGCUCUGUUAGGUUGUCCCGUGAGUGGGGGCGGAGCUUGUGCCGCCUUCUGCAUAAUAAUUUCGCAUAUGCUUUGUGCCUUAGAGGAAUGCACACAUUCAAAAAAUGAACCCCACCCAGAUGUGAAUAUCAAGGCAUGCAGGAUAACAUCAUGUG